AUGACGAGAACGAGUUUCCUAUCACGCCUUUGGAUGUCUCCGAUCACACCUUCUACGCCUCGCCAUCGAGAUGUGUUCGCAGGACCGCCUGUCACUCCCCGUCACCGGGUCAUGCCCGUCGGCAGACUCUCGCGACGGAUGACCCCGAGGACACCCCUUACCCCUGUGGCGGCACAGACCAUCUAUCACCAGGCGCGCCAGCUCUUUUCCCGAAGUGCAGACCCAGGGCAGCUUAUAGGACGUGACGAUGAGCGCCACAGGCUGCGUGACUUCCUCGGCCGCCACGACUCUCCGCAGCCGCAUGGCUGUCUCUACGUCAGUGGGCCUCCAGGCACCGGGAAAAGCGCUAUGGUCAACGAGAUCACCAAUGAGGUCAUUUCAGAGUCGUCUUCUUCCGCCCGCAAGGCCUACAUUAAUUGCAUGAGCAUCAAGUCCUCGAGAGAUCUAUACAUCACCCUGGUGGAGCUUCUGUGCGAUGGGUCCGAGAUGGAGGAGGAAGAAGACGCAAUCACAAUGUUGCAGAAGAGGUUUACGCCCAAGAAAAAGAGCCAGGAUGUAUUCGUGGUAGUCCUUGACGAGAUCGACCACAUCUUGUCGUUGGACCUGGAGAGCUUAUACCGAGUGGUCGAGUGGUCGAUGCAGAAGUCCUCGCGCCUCCUGCUUGUUGGCAUUGCCAACGCCCUCGACCUGACGGACCGCUUUCUCCCGCGCCUCAAGUCUCGCCACUUGAAGCCAGAGCUUCUGCCCUUCCUCCCAUACUCAGCGGCCCAAGUCAAAGCGAUCAUCACGAAACGUCUCAAGAGCCUCCUGCCGAUGGAUAAGGCUGACUUAGACUUCAUCCCUUUCUUCCAUCCGGCCGCGAUCGAGCUUUGCUCUCGGAAGGUGUCGAGCCAGACCGGUGACCUGAGGAAAGCUUUCGAGAUUUGCCGGCGCGCUCUAGAUCUGGUUGAAAAUGAGACCCGGCUCAGCUUGGAGAAUGACGCCAAGGAGCAGUUCCUACAGAUGACGCCCUCUCGGAAGGUCUUGGGCGAGAUGAACAACCAGCCAUUCUCGGGGAGAAAAUCCGCUGCUGGGACGGAAAAGAGCGUCACAUCCAUCCUAGCCCAAUCCAUCCACUCCCUCACGGCCGAAAGUGCCCCGCGCGUCAGCAUCUCGCACCUCAAUAAGAUCACAUCGGCUGCCUUUAGCAACGGUACCAACCAGCGCCUCAAGGCUCUAAACCUGCAACAGAAGGCCGCCCUGUGCGCACUCCACGCCCUGGAGCGAAGGAACCGUGAGGCCAUCCGGACCUCGACACCUACGACACCCGGCAGAUCGGCCCCCAACACACCAUCCUCCAAGACAAACAUCACAGCGCCGACCAUCAAGACUCUCUUCGACACCUACGCCGUUCUCUGUAAGCGCUCCGAUGCCGUAGCCCUGCACCCGCUGUCCAGCUCUGAAUUCCGGGAGGUAGUCGGCAGCCUGGAGACGCUCUCGCUCGUGGCCGCCGUGGAUGGGAAGAAUGGCUCUUUCGUGUCGACUACCUCACAACCGAUGACGCCCGGCGGACGCAAGGCAGGGAGGAAGGCUGCCUUUGUAGGCGGCGGCGUCGACGACAAGAGAGUGGCGAGCUGUGUUGGAGACAGAGAGAUUGAGCAGGCGGCCGACGGUGCUGGGGCUGAUAUUCUGAGGAGCAUUCUGAGCGGAGAGGCGUUGGACUGA